AUGAAGUGGCUUGGGAUCCUCGGGCUGGUGGCCCUCUCAGAGUGCCUAGUCAUAAUCCCUCUAACAAAGAUCAAGACCACGCGAGAAACCCUCAGGGGAGAAAACCUGAUGACACAUUUCCUGGAGGAGAUCACUGACAGCAGGUCCCAGAAUGCCACUGAUGACCCGAAUAUUUCUCUUCAACCCCUGAGGAACUACCAGGAUAUGUACUAUACUGGCAACAUCACCAUUGGAACACCCCCUCAGGAGUUCAGGGUCCUCUUUGACACUGCCUUAUCUUGCGCGUGGGUUCUUUCCAUCUACUGCUCCAGUCCCUCCUGUGGUACACACAAUCUCUUCAACCCUGAGCGGUCCACCACCUUGAUGCCCACAGGCCUGUCCAUGAACAUCAAAUACAGCACUAGGACGAUUGUUGGAGUUCUUGCCUAUGACACCUUCCGGAUCAUGAACCUUGUCGACGUUGGCCAGCCAUUUCUCCUGACUGAGUCACAGAAUGGGACUGAUAGUGCAGUCUUUGAUGGUGUCCUGGGAUUGGGCUCUCCCAGGCUUGGUCCCAAAAUGUGCACCCCUGUUUUCGACAACCUGAAGAAACGAGGCCUCAUUUCUCAGCCUAUCUUUGCCUUCUACUUGAGCAUCAGGAAGGAGAAUGGCAGCGUGUUGAUGUUUGGUGGGGUGGACCACAGCUACCACAAAGGACCGCUCAGGUGGAUACCACUGUCCACAGGCAGUUUCUGGCAGGUCAAAAUGAACCGCAUCACCAUGAAAGGAGUGGUUGUUGGUUGUAAACGUGGAUGCCAGGGGAUUCUGAAUACAGGGACUACCCUGCUGGCUGGCCCAACUAACCUGGUCACCAUCAUCUGGAAGCUCAUCAACGCUAUGCCUUACGGUGAAGAGUAUCGGGUUCCAUGUAGUAACAUCAGGAGUCUGCCUUCUAUCAUCUUCACCAUCAAUGGCUUUGACUACCCAGUGCCCCCUGAAGCCUACAUCUGGAAGGGUCCUCAUAACAUCUGUAUCAGCCGGUUUGAAGGGGCAACAGAGACCUGGAACUGGUUGGAGACUUGGGUCCUGGGUGAUGCCUUCUUGAGGAUGUAUCUCUCAGUUUACGAUCAGGGAAAAAAGAGGGUUGGCCUGGCUCCCGCAGUGUAA